AUGUCCCUGCCACUUGUAAUUCAGAUUACACAAGAGGACAUUUCAUUUUUUCGGUCGGUUCUGCCUUCCAACUGUUUAGUCGUAGACAACCAAGACGAACUAUUAUCUUACAACACUGACUGGUUGAGAAAAUAUCGAGGAAAAUCAAGAUUGGUCGCAAAACCCAAAACCACCGAGCAAGUUUCAAAGCUAAUGAAAUAUUGCAACGAUAGAAAAUUAGCCAUCGUACCUCAAGGUGGCAAUACGGGUCUUGUUGGUGGUAGCGUGCCUGUGUUCGACGAAAUUAUUAUUAAUACCAAAAACAUGAAUAACAUCAGGUCGUUUGAUUCUUUAUCCGUUCAAUUCACUGACCGCAAAUCGUGGCAGGUUCUCCCUGACGGAACCAUCUUAGACGGUCUCGUAACCCUUCGCAAGGACAACACCGGUUACGAUUUAAAACAGCUUUUCAUCGGUUCCGAAGGUACAUUGGGAAUAGUCACCGGUGUUUCAAUCCAAACUCCUCGAAAACCAAAGGCAAUCAAUGUUUCCCUACUUGGUUUAAGUUCGUUCGAAAAUGUUCAAGAAGCGUAUAUUAGAUCAAAGGAAGAAUUAAGUGAAAUCCUGUCGGCUUUUGAAUUUUGGGACGCCGGCUCCAUAAAGUUAAUCAAAGACCAUAAUCUCGUUCAGGGAAAGCUCCCUUUGGAAGACGACUAUCCUUUUUAUGUGCUGGUUGAAGUCAGUGGGUCGAAUAAAAAAUUGCUCGGUUAUUUGGAAAAUUUACUGGAAAAAGAUAUAGCUAAAAACGCUGUUGUUGCUCAAGACGAAACUCAAUUCAAAACGAUUUGGUCGAUUCGUGAGAAGAUACCCGAAGCAUGUAGUAAAGCCGGAGCCCUGUAUAAAUACGACGUAUCUAUUCCACUAGAAUUUCUGUAUAAGAUGGUGGAGGAUGCACGUCACAGACUGAAAGGUGCCGUAAAUGAAGUUACGGGAUUUGGUCACAUUGGAGAUGGUAAUCUACACUUGAAUAUUACUGCGGAGAGCUAUACACCUGAAAUUACUGCUUUGAUUGAACCAUGGGUUUAUGAAUGGAUAGAGAAAUACAGGGGAUCUAUUUCUGCAGGCAAAAUACCUGGACUUUUCAAAACCGAAACCUAUGAUUGA